AUGACCCCGACACUUUUAUCUCCUCUACAAAUUAAGCAAUUAAUAGUUGUAUUAGAAAGCUCUGGUGACAAGUCCCUCCAGAUGCGGAGUGCUCUUCUUACUGAAGUCCAGUAUGGUCUUGGCGGACUCAAAGUGUGGGUUGAUAGCUGGCCUGAUUUUAAUGCCGUUGUCUUCAAACGCUUUUGGCCUCAGUCAGUUUUGUUAGAGUACAAUUAUUAUGUUUAUGCCUCAGAUGAACAAAAGUUAAAAGAAAUGCUGCUUACUCCUGGACUGAUAUCUUGGAAAAAUUCCUUUUUUCUUGCUUUUCCUUGUUCCUUCAACUCCAUUCUUGCAUUAGCUGCUGACAAGCAUGGAUAUUGUCUGAAACAUCCGACAGCUGUUUUUGAAAUCUAUCGAUUCAAAAAGGACAACACAAAACCUGUGCAAGUUCCAGAAGAUGUCACGGUGCGUGAAUUAGAUAUCAAAUGGGCAGAUUUGGUUGCUGCCAACUGGGGUUACAUCUUCCAUGACUACAAUGAAACAAAGCAACUGAUAAGAAUAUUCAUAAAAACGUACCCUAGCAGUCAACCACCGCCUUCGGAGAAGUUGACGAGACGACCCAAGACAGGGGAAACUGACGAUGAUUUGCUCAAAUUACAACGAGAUUUCUUUAUUGCAAAAUGUCAACCCGCGGCGAGGGUUGUAAAAGCUGUCGAGAAAGCAAGGCCUUCGGAAGUUUCUUCUUCUACACAAGAAACUCACCAACAACAAGGCGCAGUUUCGACUUCGACAAAACGAGAUGUGGUCCACAUGGAUGUAUUUCCGAGUCAGGCUUCUUCGACGAAAUCAACUCCUAUCCCACCGACAAAGAAAUUAAAAGCGGACCAGAAAUCAAGAGUGGCCACUGUGAAACCGGAAUUGGACCAAGAAAGUUUAGCCACUGUUCUGACCAGCAUUAUUGAACGUGACACUAAAAAUGCUAGCGUGUACCCCAGGCCUUUUUCCGUGGAUGGUUUUCCCCGGGUAGUCCAUCGAGGUGCAGUGAACAUCAACAACUCUUCACAGAAACUGACAGACAGAACGAAAAAGAGCUUAUUUGCUCAGCAGUUUGACAAAUCGUCAUGCUCAGAUUUCAAAUUAUCUUCUGAGCCAUGUCCUUCUGAUUCUCCUGAAAACACUUUCAAAUCCAAUGCCACACUCUUGUCGUCAACAGCAUCUUCAAAUAUUAUCACUGGGUUUGGUCUUAGUGCCAGUCAAGCCAGCUUAGAGGCCAAGGCCAUCCACCAAGAAAACAUUUCCAAGAUCUCUCAAAUGGACUCUGAGAAAAUUAUUUCCGAGCAACAGAUGUUGAUAUCUACUCUUGAUGAGAAACUUAUAAAUUUCCUAAAGAGCAAGAAAUCUGUAAAAGGUGAUGCCAAUCCUGCAACUGAAAAAAUGGAGACAGACGAGGCUGUUGAUAUUGGCAUCAGACAGAAAAUUUCCAAGUCGGAAACAGGAAUCAAUAAAGAAGAAAUCCCAGUGAAACCUGACCCCAAACUUGUGCAUAUGGACAUGGUUGAGCUUGAAAAACUGGCCUGGAUGAAGGAUUUACCGAAACCCAAGGCUGAUUCUGUUAAUGGAAACACGGCCAGAUUUGAUUUUGAAGGAUGUCUUGUACCUGUCGAUGCUGAUGUUCCAGUCAACCAGGGUCUACACCAUCAUGGUGAGCAGGCCGAACGAGCUGGUUACACGCUGGAGGAACUGUUUCAUCUUUGUCGGAGUCUGAACUCCCAGCAACGCACUUUGGCUCUGAAAACCAUUGGUCAUGUGAUCGUUAAUGCCAAGUCUGGACUCUUUGAAGAAUCGUUGCAAAGCCUGAUUCUUCCUUCGGUCAUUAAUGCCGGGCUUGUGUUUCUGUUACGAUGGGCACUUGAUGAUAAAAUUGACAAUGUCCUAGUUGCUGCUAUAUUUGCUCUUCAUGCACUGCUAACUAACAUGAAAGACGAGGAUGGCCUUGAAUUCACAUUCUGCUGGUAUCGUGGCCGGGAAGUUCCCGCUCACGCGUCUGUUGAUGAAGCAUCCAAAAUUCCCGAGGAAAAACUUGAUUUUCUUGAAAAGGUCGAGGAAACGGAUGCUGACAAAGUGAAAGAAGAUGUUGUCAGGGCUCUUGUAAAUAGUAUGUAUUUGCUUCAACGUUUGCGGUACCUGCUUGAAAUGUGGCAUCCGCCAUACCAGAGUGUCAACUGUAUUUUAGAGAUUCUCAUUAGAGUCGCCCGAAACUCUAAACAAGAUGCCUACAGCAUCUGUAAGUGUCCCCGUCUGCUUGAUGUGAUUGUUAACCAAUUUCUUCCACUGUCCUGGUCCACAGAUGAAGAUCUUCAAGACAACAUGAAGGAAAACACUGCGGUCAGUGCCAUGCGUUUAAUGAAGGCCAUAACCCAAACUGGAAAAAGUAUGGCUGCUGACCUUAUCUCUCGAUUCCAACUCUCUGAAAGAAUUUUUCGUUAUAUUGCUCAAAAGCCAUCAGAGAUGAAUCUCUCUAUACGAGCAGCUUAUCAAUUGCAAAUUGCUUCCUUUCAUACCUGGCAGGUGUGCUUAGCAUACGGCUUGGCAGGUGAGGGUUACUCAGAGCUUUAUCCUUUGCUAAUGGCAAAUCUUCAGUCUGUUGUUUCAAUGCCUAAAGAUUCUGAUCACAUCCUGUCGAUGUCUUUGGACUCUGCACUUUUGGGGGUACUUGAGGCGGCUAUGCAACUGGCUGGAUCACAUUCUCGAAUUCAUGGCAAGUUUAAUCCUUCAGUGAAACAUCAGCAACAAGGUACAGGCCCUGUUUCUUCUCCAGUUCAGCUGCCUUCACCACCUAUCACCUGGUCACAAGUUGUGGGUCUGCUGGAGCCAGUUCUUCUUCUCAUGCAGCGUAGCCUAAAAUGUGUGGCCGACCAGUUCCAGUUCAACAAAUAUAGUCUCAACCUCGCCACGGCAAGUGUCAAUUUUGUGGCAUCAUUUUUCAAAAUCUGGUCCCUACAGUCCGAUUACAACCCGCUUAAAGUGUUGCCUCAACUUGAGAAUCUUUGUGACUUUCUUUUGAAUUUCCUCUGGCCAUCACUCGGAUUCCGGAGUGUCAUCAUUCGCCUAAUAUCCCACUCGCUCAUCCUGAAUGGAGGCAAACACGCAAAAAAAGAAGUUACCACAAAUCUGCAAGACCUUGGGUGCAAAGCAUCGGCUGGAACUUCGGAAGCUUUACCAAUUCUCAGGAUGGAAACACCAUAUGGACUUCUUACAGCAAUUCUUCGCCUUUUCAAUAUCACCUGUACUUUGCAUAAGGGAUUAAUGAAUAAAGUGGCUCCCCUAGUGACCACAGAUGAAGAUAUUAAGGGUUACAUCAAAGCAGUGACACAGGAUUCUUCCAUUACUUCUUGCCCAUUCCUCAGAUUUGAAAAUCAAUUCCAAUACUAUGUUCUUAAAUUAGUCUCCAAGAGUGGUUCCGGUUAUGCUUCUGAUCCAAUGUUUCACCAAUUUGCUCUCUCCCUAGCUACUAGGCUGUAUUAUGGAGACGAGCACUUAGCUCAUACACUUUUGUCUACAGUUAUCUUCAACAAAGACUUUUUACCAUUGGACUUUCAGCUGGAAGCCUCUAUCAAGGACUUUUCGUUGCUCAACAUAUCAAAACCUGGGGAGAAAUCAUCUUAUUCAUCUGCCAAGGGAAAUAAUUUGCCCCAGCAGGCUGUAUCACUGUUAAAUAGCAUCCGAGCUUCUUACAUGAUGGCAUUUGGCCAACGAGAGUUUGCAAUGCUGCGGUCGAAAUCUCGGUGCUUGGCCCAUUAUGAAGAAGUUGAAAGUUUUCUCACAGAAAAUCUCGGUGAAGCCUUGUUGCCUUGUGACUGGAUGUUCUUGCCUCUUAUAGAAAUGUAUUCAUUUGUCAACUCUCCCCAGCAAGAUGGUAAGUGUAUUGAGAAGCUCUCCGAAACGCAGACAAUGCAGAUUGCGAAUGCUCUUCGAUGGAUCUUCCUCCUAGAAUUUAAGAAAUCCAAAUCGAUGACAAUUAUCCCUGUAACGUUGAAGCUAUCUCGGCUCAUGUGUGUCUUUCUGACGGGUAACGAACUUUUCCUGGAGCCUGUUAUCCACAAUCAUUUGGCAGCUCUGCUUUAUUUCUACACUGGCACCACAUCGCUUGAACAAAUGGAUUUUGAACAGCCAAUUCCUGGCUUGACAUCCUUUUACGAUUUCUUCAUGUCUUUCCUGCAGCAGUACGAGGCUGUCUCUUUUGGUGACCCUGUUUUUGGUAGUUAUGUGCUUCUCCCCUUACAGCAACGACAUAAUGCAAUGAUGCGCAAAUCUCUCUGGAGUGAACAUACAUCUGUAUUACGUACUCUGCGAGUCGCUAUCAAGGACCACCUGGUCCCUAUUGAAAACUAUCUCUUCCCAGAAGAAACCGACACUGAAAUUCUAAGGCUAAUUCUGCUUGGACUCCUGAUGGGUACGGUUAAGCCUCUUUGGGCUCCAGUCAUGUACCUGGUAGCCAUACAUCAUGUAAAUAGGUUUCUGUUUAGACAAGAUGACCAGAAUAACAGUUUGAGGAGGUUUAUGUUUGAUCAAAUCUCUCGUUGUCCUACACCUCAAAUCAAAGAGCACCUUUUGUUGUACAAGCUGUACAAUGCAGAAAAAGAAUUUGGGAUGGAGUUUUAUUCAGAGCUACCACCUAUCCGGCAGUCUUUGCUUGAUAAGAUGGUUGGAGUGAAGACAAGAUGA